AUGUCGCACGACCUGCUACACAGAGCGCUGAACCGCCACGCCUCGCAGGCCCGCGGACCAGACGGCGAGCCGCUCUCUCCGCCCGCCAUCGACCGACUGCACCUCGCCUCAGACGACGACGAGCAGAUCGAGGUGUGCACGCCCGUCCCGUCCAACGCUGGCUCUGUCGCCUCGACUCCGGCAUCGAGUCGCUCUGCGUCCCCGACACGCGCGGGCGCUGGGAAGAGGCGAGGUGGGGCGGGGAAACCGAGGCGGGACAAGACCAAGGAGCGCGAGAAGGCAGAGGCGAUGAGGAACCCGCUCGACCCGUUCCUCAGGUUCCCCAACGUCGUCCUCGGCCGCAUUCUGGGCGAGCUCAACGCCAACGACUUGCUCGCCGUCGGACUCGUCUGUAAGCGCUGGCGGAGGAGUCAGACCCUCAACUACACCUGGUACCUCCUCCUCCAGUCCUUCACCUACGUUACGCCCGCCGAACGCGGCCGCUCCUACGCGGAAGGCGACGGCGUACCGACCUGGCGCAAGGGCGACGCGUCGCAAGAUUGGGCGGCGCACUUUGCCAGCAUCUUCCGCCGCGACGACUUGGAUCAGGGCGUCGAGGAGACCGAGGUCGACGAGAACGGCUUGACGAUGAAGGAGGAGAGGGAACUCAAGUGGAAGGAGGAGAAUGAGGCGAGUGAGAUGGCUGGGAUGGACAAGGUCGCGAUGCGCGAGUACUACAAGUCUCUACGCAACAAGAAGGUCAAGGGCAAGUCAGGGAAGGGUGCCGUUCGCACGAUCGAAGGCGACGGUCUCGGCGACAUAGCGGGCGACGGAUGA